GGAAACUUGGAUUUUUAGUUCAUUUGCCGCCAAACCAUCAUUAUUCCCGCGAAUUAAUUGUUUAUCUGUUAAAUUUAUUCUUUGUAAAUACUUGAAAAGAACAAAUAUCGACGGGCAGUGAAGUGCUUUGAUCUCAAAUUUCAACAGAGAACGUCUCUGUUGAAUUUAUUUUUUGAAAUUUCAAAGGAGUUUAUUUAUUUAACUGAACAAAAUAAAUCAUGGCUAAAGUACAGUUGGCGAAUGUUGCUGUUUUAGAUAAUCCUUCACCUUUUUUAAAUCCAUUUCAAUUUGAAGUUACUUUUGAAUGCAUUGAGGAACUCAAAGAAGAUCUAGAAUGGAAGAUGAUUUAUGUUGGCAGUGCAGAAUCAGAGGAAUUCGACCAAGUACUUGACACCAUUUACGUAGGUCCCAUUCCCGAAGGGAGGCACAUGUUUGUCUUUCAAGCAGAGCCUCCAAAUGUGAAUCGGAUUCCCGUAAAUGAUGCUCUAGGUGUGACAGUCGUUCUUCUUACUUGUUCCUAUCGAGGUCAUGAAUUUGUACGUGUGGGUUAUUUUAUUAACAAUGAAUAUACUGAUGUAGAGCUCAGAGAAAAUCCUCCUCCUCAACCUCAAUUUGAUAAGGUGCAAAGAAAUAUUCUCGGUGAUAAACCUCGUGUGACAAGAUUUAAAAUAAAUUGGGAUGAUAGCACAAGUCCAAACACAAAUGCUGACGCCGAUGCAAUGGAUGCACAAACAACAGUUGAAGAGACAACUGAAGAUGUGCCUUCGACGUCAUUGAGUUUUACGGAAAAUACACAAAAUAGCAUGGAAGUUAUGUGAAUCCCUAAUAAUUCCAACAGCAAAUGUGAGUUAUAUUUUGUUUCCAAUAGGCGGUUAAUUUUUUUUUUGCGAGAGAGAAAAAAAAAGAGUAAAAUUUAUUAUCGAAAAAAAAUUUUGGAUAUAGUUUUAUCUUAUGUAAUUCACAUUUUAAGUGAACGAUGAGAUCUAUUAGCAAACUCAUUUUCAAGUCAUUAAGUUAUUUAAUUACAUGUGUAUAAAAAUUCGUUCGUCGACUUCGAUCUCUUAAGACUAAUUGUGAAAAUAAUGUUUUUUUUUUUUUUUUUUUUUCUUUUGACACUGAAUUUAGUUAAUUUCAAACAACAUAAACAUAAAUUUGUUCAUUGAAUGUUGUGCUUCAAAUCGUAUUAUUUUAUUCAAUGAAUCUUUUUAGAGUAAGUAAAAAUAUUGUUCCAACAUGUACAUAAACAUAUAGAGUUACUAAAACGCGAUAAUUACAUAUGUUUUCUAUUUAGAUAAA